GGUCGGGGUUGGUUAUGGUUUCAUCGCAUGACAUUUCGGCCGGGGUUUUCGGUGGCCGACGGUGUUCUUCUGGGAACCCUGGGGACUGGGAAAGGGCGCCUCUUCAGCCUCUGUGCCUUCUGUCAGCCCGGGAGUGUUCGCAGGACAAGCGAUAUCGGCGAUGAUGCCGCGGUUGUGAGUUGAGCUCAGGGCGGGGAGGCAACGUCGUCUCAGGCGUGCAUGGCUAGACGUACUAUUCAGUCACUAAUACCAAAGAACGCAUAUUCACUGUAACCAAACGUUCCUUUUGUACAAAGAACGCACGGUUGCACAGGAUGCGCUGCGGCGAGAAGCAGCAUUAAUAACUUUAGUAUUUAAUAUUGGGACACUUACUAGCACUUUCACAAUCAAUAAUUCACCAGAAGAAUUCAGCAUUAAUGCAUAAUGUCAUUGUGCAUAGAGGCUCGUGAAUAAUUCAAGUCAGAUAAGAGGUUUGUGGUGAUUAAAGUGUCCAUCGGACAGAACAUGUCCAUUAAGACUCUGUGAUUACAAGCAGACAGUAGAAUCUCGAAACAUCAACCAUUUCCAUGUAAGGAAAUACUUUGACUUAAUCUGGUCUGAGAAGGUUGGAUGCGUGAAUUCAAAACAUUACAUUUUCAUAUUAUUUGAAUAUCCUUCACAAGCGACGCCAUGCACCCAUUAUGUAUACGCAUUCCGCUUUUAACUAUUGUUGUAUAACUUUGUACGCAACAACAGUCACACCUGCUGACAUAGUGCUGCUAAUAGUAACCCUCCUGAAUGAAAACGUUUUCUAUGUGCCGUUCUUCACUGUUGAUACACCUGAGGUGUGGAUGUGGGCCUACAGGGGGAUGCUAUUUGACUUGAAAUCGCAUGUUAAAAGAAACGACGUUUGUGUAAUAGUGACUGCAUCGUGUGCAUGAUUUGCAUCUUCACACAGAGACAUGAUGGCGCGUGACACCUACAGAGCCGACCUCCUUGUUUAUAUCAUGGGAAACAGCACAGAGCAACUUUAGUACCAUCUGCAAAGUACCUGGACUCUCCUGGAGCAGAGCGCAUGUGACAAAAAGCUUUGUUUAUCUUAAAGACGUCACAGGGCGUCUCCACACAGGUGCGUGUCAGCUGAGCGGAGGGUAACAAUGGUUAAGCAGCAUCUCCCGUUAUGAAGGUCUAGUCUCUGGUGUUCUAAACAUGAUGAAGUUCAAGAUAGGCGAGUGCAUCUCGCUAUUCGUAAUCGCUGUCGUGUUUGACGUCGUCGGGUUUGUCCUUCUCCUCUUGGGCAUCUUCGGGAAUCUGCGCAUCAGCGGACAAUUUUACGGCGACUUCUUGAUCUACACGGGCUCGAUCGUGAUCUUCAUCAGCAUCGCCUUCUGGCUCUGCUGGUACGUCGGCAACAUCAAGCUGGCCGAGGAGGACCUGGACUACGACGAAGGCGCCAACAGCUUCUCGAGGCUGGUCCGAAAGCUGUCGGAGAAGUUGAACCCCACGCUCAAACGUGACCCGCCCGCCAAGUUCCUCGAGGAUGGGGCAGACAACGGAGAGGAGAGCUUACCCCCUCGCAAGGCGUCCCGCGUGACGUGGGGCAAGUCGUCAGCUUACCAGAACGAAGGUUAUGACGCCUCGCUGGACUCGGAGUCCCCCGCGGAGGAGAAGGGGUCCGACACCGGGCUGUCAGACAGACCAGCACCGCCACCACCACCACUACGGAUGACCCCUAGGCUCAUGAUGUCACACCCAUCCCCUGGAAGCCAACCCCUCUUCUUUGGCGGCUCAUGAGGUCUUGAGUUCUGAACCCUUUACGCUUUUUGUAGGGGGAAAUGCGAGGACAUUCCAUCCAGAAAAUAAUAUAGUCUACAAUUCUUUCUUUCACCAAAUGCUGCUUAUUUAUGUUUAUCGUUUAAAUAUUGAUUGUCUGGGUGUAGAGGGAGGUUGGACUGAUGUGUUCAUUGUUAUAUAAUGGCGGUGAAUCUGAGUGUGUGCAUGCGUGUGUGUAGCUAUGGGCGUGGAAUAGUUAUACUAGGUCCAUGUUUGUUGUUUGAUUUGCUGCAGAGCAACAAGUUCACCGGUCCGACUGGUUUGUGUGUGUGUGUGUGUGUCCCCAGAAAACCUGACAAAAUGAAACAGUCCACUAGAACCCUAGCUAUAUAUGGUUCUCAACCUAUUUGUACAUAUUUAAUUAAGAACCUGUUCACUUUUUAUUUGAUGCAGCUCAACAAGAACACUCCCAAGCCUUACAGGAAAUUCUGUUAUUUACAAGAAAUCAACUUGCCUUGUGUAGAUAUCCGGUCUGAUAGAUUCACUGUAAAGCAGCACAUUAGUGGCGGGUAUUCUGUGUCAUAUUGGAUGUUUCUAGAGCAAUUAGAAACCACUAGACAUUUCAAUUAGACAAUGACUGAAAUCCUCAUUACUGAGGAAGUACUGCUUUUUCAUUUGACUGUAGGGUUGAUUACAAAUCUGAUAAUAUAAUAUAAUAAAUUUAGCGUUAUGGGUGAGGGAGAGAGACAUUCAGUUACAUUGGUUUAUCGACGGCAGAGAGGGAUAGACUUCCGACAGAGGGAUAUCUGAUUCUUUUACAUGUUUCGGUUAUUGCUUUUGUCAAAUAAUUUGAGAAAAUCCAUAUUCAUGCUCCUUGAUGUUCUUGUUGUUCUUGUCAUGUUCUUAUACUUAAGCUCAGGCAUACCCAGCUCAUAGGAAGAGAGAGCCCGGACAUUGGUAGAUCAGGACACUACAAAUCCUGACUCUCUCAGCCUAGAUGACAUGCAUGUUCUAUUAUCAGAUAUUGCCAUCAACCAUACUACCAUAAUGUCUGAUAGAGUACAUGUAUUGUAUCCUCCCUGACAAAGUGCCUUGUCUUAUCUUAUCCGCCCUGAUGGCUCACAUGAGCUCAGCUGUAACCAACCCUAGCAGGUAUGUAGGUAGCAGAUUAUAUUUAAGUGUGUGGCACGGAAUGCUCGUUUCAUGCCUAUUCCGCCCAAUUACAGUUCAAAUGCCACCUGAUUGGCCUGCCAAAACUGGUAGGGUCCACAUCCAUGCUCUCCUAUUCACCAAAGGUGUCACAGGACGGACUGGAUACAAAGCUAGCUCUAUGCCAUCUUGGUCAUCAUGACGUCUCGAAUCUCUUGUUUGUUUUAUCUUCUCUCUUAAGGAAAACUUUGUUAUUACAGCGUGAGUGUCUGUAUGUGGUGUCAAGGUGUCACUUGAACUCUGAUCAAGGGUUUCUAUUCAGGGAAGACUUAGAACCAGUCAAUCAGCCCUAUGGAGGAAUCUGGACGGACUGCGUCAAGUCGCAGUCACCGGCCCUUUUGUUAGUCAAAUGCCAUGAGACAGGUCGUCCUGCAAAUUAUGCUAUGUAAGAAAUGUAAAAGGCGUGCUGUAGGGAAGUGGGAGGUGGGUGGGGGGUAACAAAAGCCAUUUAUCUGACGAAGCUCUCCUCGGACACCUCAGAACAUCCUACCGUCCCGUGCAGAGAGCACAUCCCUACCUGCCCCGCGAUGGACUGUUGUCGUAAAAAGUACCCUAACGAGCGCUGUGCCCUGUUCCUGGUGCUAGCGUUGAUCUUCGACCUGGUCGGCCUCGGCCUCCUACUGGCUGGGAUCUUUGCACCCAUCAGCUUUUGGGACUUCUUCAUCCUGUCAGGGCCGCUCCUCAUCUUCCUCAGCCUGAUCUUCUGGAUCUUCUGGUAUAUGGGGGGCCUCACAGUGCCUUACGAAGAUCUCCUGCCAAAGUGACCGGAUAUGGAAGGGAUCUGGAGAUCUUGUGUCUGCGGCGGACUGCUCAGAGGUCCAUGGCUUCGGGUCCCGUGGUGGUGGACUGGACCGCCUCCCACCUGUCUGUGUGGAGACGGUUGGAGACUGGAGAUGCUGAUGUUCUGGGGCUCUGGAGGCUUUGGUUGUUCCCAUGACGGAUGUACAGGAUGGGUGUCCGUCACAUGUGGACUGGACAGGAUGGGUUUAACAGGCAGGAGCACCGUUUUAAUAUUGGAAUUGGAACUUGACGACAACAUAACACCACGUUGGAUGUCGACAACGCAGACUCCCGGGACUUUACUUUGAAGUGGAAUAUUUCUGAUUUAAUUUAAGCACUUUAAUAGAUAAUGCCUUAUUUGUCUGUUUAUUGUCUGGUUUCUAGUUUUGUGUUUGGUGUAAGUAUGUUAUGUCACGCUGCAACUAAAGCAUUAAAAAACACUGAAAAAUGUUGAAAGACUGGAA